CCUGGUCGCAUGUGAGCCAUCAUCAACCUGGUACUUGUAACGCCAAUGAGCUUCGCUUGCUCACGUCUCCCAUCCUACCCGAGUCACCUCACUACCUAAAGCCCACCUCCGACACCAUCGUUCGACGCCAGGGUAGCAGCAUACUUCCACCACCCCACCUCUUGGGUCCCCGAGAUGAGUUUCCGAGGUGUGAUGAAGGAUGGGUGGCAUCCCAAAGGGAAAGACGGGGGGAAGGAGUCGUGGCGGGGUGAUUUCAAGGGCAUAAAUCAAAUGGCGGGGUGGAUGGGAAAGGGUCGAGAUCCCAACAAGAAAAACGAGCCGGAGCACGUAUCCCGCCCCUUGACAACGCUCAAAGACCCGUCGUCUUUCGGUCCACCCCCGAAGAAUGUCAACUAUCACGGUGGCGCCGCUUUACCCAACGAGAUAACACCUCAGCGGAGCGGCUGGGGCGCACCUCUUACCGAAGAACAGAUUUCGAGCGCAAGCCGAACGGCGAAUGGCCCGACCGAGGAAGAGGUUGCAGAAGAGAGACGACGAGCUGGCCCGCCGUUGCCCUACAGGGCUGAUCGUACGGGCUUGAAGACCGACCAUCUCCCGCCACCUCCCGUGCAUCGCGAGGUAAAUCGAAGUCCUGACGAAGUCGAGCCGCACCGAGCUCAACCCCCCAAGCCGGGACCUAGUCUACCACCACGUCUUCCUUCCCGACAGAACACCAGCUCGACACCGACAUUGCCUGCCGUGGCCACCUCUCCGCCGCCUCAAGCGUCACCGCCUGCGUAUGAAGCGGUCACCACCGGCCAGUCGGCCUCCCAACCGAGCAGCAAUUACGGGAUCAACCAGGCAGUGGCCAACAGGCUUGGCAACGCUGGUGUAUCUGUGCCAGGCCUUGGAAUCGGCUCCAAUGCGUCUUCAAACCCCUGGCAGAACGAACAAAGUCAAUCCGCCACCGCCAAAAGCCCGUCUCCCAAACCACCCACGCAGCCACAGUCCUCGAUGAACCAACUCUCCGAACUCCAGUCGCGCUUCGCACGUAUGAAUAGCUCCAGUAGCACGAAUGGCCCCGCCACCUCUGCGACUCCUGCGGCUUCAUACACUGCACCCAGUCAGUCACCGCAAUCCAGUCAGCCCGCAGGGACGACAUGGGCCGAGAAGCAAGCUGCUCUCCGUACGGCACAGAACCUCCACGCUAACCCUUCGACCGUGACGGCCCAGGACGCCACCAACGCCGCCCGGACGGCCAAUUCCUUCCGUGAGCGACAUCAAGACACAAUUUCCGCCGCAGGCGUCAAGGCCAAUGAAUGGAACAAGAAAUACAAUGUUGCAGGCCGCCUGAACUCCUUUCUCGAGAAACACAGCUCCCCCACGAGCGAGACCCCACCGCCCGUGAACGCACCGUCCCCUGCCCCUGCCCCGGCGACGAGUCCCGAGCUGGCGGCGUCGAUAUCAAGAAAGCCUCCCCCGCCGCCGCCGCCGAAGAAGCCCGCCAAUAUGCUUGGAGGUUUGAACUCGGCUGGCGGUGGCGGCGGAUCCGGGGUCAUGUCGUCCCCCCCGCCGCCUGUUCCCCUGGGGACCAAGCCUAGUUAUUCUUAAAGGGGCUGCCCCGGUGCGCUUUCGAAGCGCAACAGGCCUCCCGUAGACCUGGACGACGACGACGCAGGGAGAGGGACAGACGAUUGACGACCUUUUGGAGGCCGGGUGACGGAAAAAGAGUGGCCAAUCUCCGUGUGCAAUGUUUUGUCGAGGUUACCUCUCUGCCCGGUCUCAUCUAUACGUGUAUACAGCUCAAUAGCCAUAUGAUUUGAACCAUCUCCAGCCAUCCAAACCUUGCAAAAGUGUACUAGCGCUUGACGAAGAAAGGCCAUCGUUAAUGCGC